UUCUAGUUGCGUGGUGUUAUAUUUUUCCAUUGCUAAGUUAAAGAACCGGGGCUUGAAACCAUGAAUUAUUACACAUCACCAAAACAUUAAAUUAACAAUUUUUUAAUUUUAAUCCUUCAUUGCAUUCUUUAUAGUUGUUCCAUAGGGAUUUUAGUCAAUUAACUAGUGUUAUUGAUUGAAUAAAUUAUGUGUCAAUUAGUGCGUUCUGCGUCAAUUCGGGAACCCACUACUAAGAAUAAAAGUAAAUCAAAUGAUUCCCAUUUAUUUGUUCGUAAAAGUUUAUUGAGAUUCACGAUUCUCGGUCUUGCCUGGGUAAUUGCCUUCUGUUCACGUUUAUUUGCUGUCAUCCGAUUUGAAUCAAUUAUCCAUGAAUUUGAUCCAUGGUUCAAUUACCGGGCAACUCAUUAUAUGGUUAAACAUGGCUUCUACAAUUUUUUAAAUUGGUUUGAUGAAAGGGCAUGGUAUCCACUAGGAAGAAUUGUCGGAGGAACUGUUUAUCCAGGUUUAAUGAUAACCUCUGGUUCCAUCCACUACAUUCUGCAACUAUUAAACAUUUCUGUACACAUUCGAGAUGUUUGUGUAUUUUUAGCUCCAGUCUUUAGUGGUCUCACAGCAAUAGCCACCUAUUUAUUGACCAAAGAAUUAUGGAACGAAGGAGCUGGAUUAUUUGCUGCAUGUUUUAUAUCCAUCGUACCCGGUUACAUAAGUCGAUCUGUCGCUGGAAGUUAUGACAAUGAAGGAAUUGCAAUAUUCGCCUUGAUGUAUACUUAUUACUUAUGGGUGAAAGCUGUCAAAACUGGAACCGUCUUUUGGGCCACUUUAUGUGCUCUUUCCUACUUUUAUAUGGUCUCUGCUUGGGGAGGAUACGUCUUCAUCAUCAACUUGAUACCUUUACAUGUAUUCUUCCUUCUUUUAAUGGGAAGAUAUUCAACUAGGAUCCACAUCGCUUACACCGUUUUUUUCAUCCUCGGUCUGCUUCUUUCCAUGCAAAUACCUUUUGUUGGAUUCCAACCUGUUAGAACUAGUGAACACAUGGCUUCCGCUGGUGUUUUUCUUCUGAUCAAUGCUUAUGCGGUUCUCAAAUAUUUCCAAUCGGUUAUGACAAAGCAAGAAUUCAAAUAUUUCUUCCUUACUGCUACAGUCAGUGUUGCCUGUGUUGUUUUCCUUGGAGUAGUUGGUUUAACCUAUGCCGGCUACAUUGCACCUUGGAGUGGUCGUUUCUACUCUUUAUGGGACACUGGUUAUGCUAGAAUUCACAUUCCAAUUAUUGCUUCAGUCUCAGAGCAUCAACCCACUACUUGGUUUUCUUUCUUCUUUGAUCUCCAUCUUCUCGUUCCAACUUUCCCUAUCGGUCUCUUUUAUUGCAUAAAACAAGUUAACGAUGAGCGAGUAUUCAUUGCAUUAUAUGCUAUUACCGCCUCUUACUUUGCCGGAGUCAUGGUGCGUUUAAUGUUGACUUUAGCUCCAGUCGUCUGCGUUCUUAGUGCUAUUGCCUUUUCCGAGUGUUUCUAUUUCACUUUACAAUCAGAUGACAAGCCAAAAGGCUCAAAAAAAUCGAUUCAAGGAGGUGAUGAUGAAGAUCGAAGCGAUCAAGAGGAAAGUGAUGAUAGUUCUACCGAGAAAAAAAGUAGUCGCAAUCUCUAUGACAAAGCUGGCAAGAUACGUAAAAUUAAACCAGAUGUUAAUAAAGAUAAUCAAGGAAUUGGUUCUAACAUACGGGCAUUUGUUUGGUUUGGUUUAUUUGCCAUGUUAGUUCUUUUUGUUGUUCAUUGUACCUGGGUGACAGCAAAUGCUUAUUCAAGUCCAAGUAUUGUCUUAUCAAGCUAUGGUUCUGAUGGGUCUCGUGUAAUUCUUGAUGAUUUCCGAGAAGCUUAUUAUUGGCUAUCACAAAAUACUGAUGACAAUGCUAGAGUUAUGUCAUGGUGGGACUAUGGUUACCAGAUUGCUGGAAUGGCAAACAGAACUACUUUAGUCGAUAACAAUACGUGGAAUAACAGUCAUAUUGCCUUAGUUGGUAAAGCAAUGGCAUCUAACGAAUCUGCUGCUUACUCUAUAAUGAGGUCUCUUGAUGUUGAUUACGUUUUGGUUAUUUUCGGUGGUGUCAUUGGCUAUUCUGGUGAUGAUAUCAAUAAGUUCUUGUGGAUGGUUAGAAUUGCUGAAGGCGAACACCCUAAAGAUAUUAGAGAAAGUGAUUAUUUCACAGAAAAAGGAGAAUUCAGGGUUGAUUCAGGAGGCUCUCCAACUCUUCUCAAUUGUUUAAUGUACAAAUUAAGCUAUUAUCGUUUUGGUGAUUUGCAGAUUGAUUAUCGUGCACCAGCUGGUUUUGAUAGGACCAGAAAUGCUGAAAUAGGUAAUAAAGAUAUCAAAUUAGAACAUUUGGAGGAAGCUUAUACAACUGAACAUUGGCUUGUAAGAAUAUACCGAGUUAAAGAACCGUCAAAUAGACCAAGGAUUCGCUAUCCAGAUAGAAAAUUAAAACCAAAAAAUAUAUUUUCUAGUAAAAAGACAAGCAGAAAACGAAAAGGAACCAUCAAAGAUAGGCCAACAGUUAUUAAAGGCAAAAAGAAUACAGCAUCAUAAAUAGACUUAAUCGCAUAAUUAAUUCGAAUUACGAGAAACUCUGAACAGCAUGCUUCCUAAUCUAGGAAUCCUAGAUGAAGACAUGACUAUUUGAGUGCCUCUGGCAUUUUUUCCUAUUUUGAAUCGCAAGUUCAUAGUUAAUUUUAUACAUUUUUUGUGGUACCAAUCUAAGAUCCUCAUUAUCGACUGCUUAAAGAGCAUGAUGGAAUAGAUUUAUUGAAAUUAAAUUAAAAUUGAACAAACAUUCGUUUUAUUGUCUAAAUCUAAUAAAUUAAAUGGAACUUUAUUU